UUUUCCUUUAUCCUAAUGUAUACUAUAAAUAGUACAUCUGCUUAACAAGAUCCCUCUCCUCUUAGCUUUCAACAGCGCCAACAACACUAUACAACAUUCUUGAACAAAGAAAAUGAUCUACCCUUCAAACAUUAACCCUGAUUUCACAGAUUUCGGUGAAACUUUCAAAUUCGAUGAUUAUGAUGAUGACGCUUUUCAGAUGAUCAUGGAAGGAAUCAACCUCGGGGAUCACUCGCCCACUUUGAGUUGGACUUCAUCAGAGAAAUUACUGGCUACAGAAGUCGCAAGCCCGUUUCAAACAAGCCUAGCUACCUCGCCUAUUAGCUUUGAAAUAGGGGACAAAGAUGAGAAAAAGAAGAGGAAAAGACACAAAGAUGAUCAGGUUAUUCACGUGUUUAAAACGAAAUCAGUUAAAGAAAUUGCUUUAGAUGACGGAUACAAAUGGAGGAAGUACGGCAAGAAACCAAUAAGGGGUAAUCCAUUUCCGAGGCAUUAUCACAAGUGUUCGAACCCCAAUUGCAUCGUGAAGAAGAAGAUCGAGAGAGAUACGAGCAAUCCGGAAUAUGUAUUGACAACCUAUGAAGGGAGACAUAACCACCCAAGCCCGUCUGUGGUAUAUUGCGAUUCAGACGACUUUGAUCUUACCUCUCUCAACACUUUGUCUUUCCAGACACGUACUUAUAGUUAUUCACAUUCCGCUCCAUGACCAUACUUACAAGUUUGUGUAUAUAGAUGUGUAUAUAGAAUAUAUCAUCAUCGUAAUGUAUCCGCAUAUGCAUUGUUGUGUCGGUUUUGUAAUGUACUUAAUUGGGGUGGUGUGAUGGAAAUCAUUUUGUAUGAUACUUGUUUUUGCAUAUACUUAACUAUUUGCACAUGAGACAGACUAUUUUUGUUAAUAGUUUACUAAUGUGAAUCUCGUAAGGAUGGAUCUUAGCCGAAAACUACAUGAAUCUGAAGACCCGUUUAACACCCAAUAUGCACCUACCUGAAUUAUUACCAAGCAUGAAACCACCGUCACAAUUCACUACCCCUAGCAAAUCACCAUCCAGUUGUAUCUCACCUGAGUCGG